AUGGAUCAAACUCAACCGCGAACCAAGAAGGAGUGGAAGAAGUGGGCCCGGCGUCAGGUAACAUGGGACACAUGGAAUGUGUCGUAUCCACUGAAAUACCUUUACCGACUCCUAAAUGAGGUUAUCUGGGAUUGCAAGAAGAAGGGAGUGGUUAUUACCGAGCAAGAACCAUACAAGGAAUUGGUUAAAUACUUCACCACCAAUGAGAAUGACGCGGGAGUCAAAUCCUCAUCGCCAAGGGCUGUAUACUGCGAAGCUACAAGAAUCAUGAACGGUGGUCAGCUGCCGCAAUUCAUCCGAGAGUCGUUGCAAGCGGCCGGUUGGGACCCCGAAAAAUGCUGCAAAAUAUUGAGGGAUGAACACAAAAGGUUGCCGGCAAGGUCCGACAUCGAAAGUGAGAGCGAAGAGGAAGAUUCCGACGGUAGUCCUGCAGGUGCGGACCAAGAUUCUGAGCGCUCUCCUUCCCCAGAUAUCGCGACAGACGACGAGUCCUCACAGCCUUCUUCAAGAUCAUCCUCCGAAUCUACCGAAAAUUCACCUCAGAGAAGAACAAGCACGACUUCAACUUCGACUUCCGUCUCAGCCCAACAUAUACAACUCUUGACACAAGAAACCGAGCCAAAGAUACACCAAGAGUGGAUGGAGUGGGCCAAGAGACAAAAGAAUCCAGCAUUCAAGGACACGCCCGAGUCCGCCAUCCUGGACGAAGUCCUCGAAGCCGUCGACUGGCAAUACAACCAGAACUACCCCUGGGGCCGCCCUAAGAUCUGCAAGUGGCAGCAACCCUACAAGCAUUUGAUCGGUCGAUGGGGUCACGAAGGGGAAGCAGGUCCCGACGACACUCCUUCCGCCAUCGACCUUGAGGCGACGCGAAUCAUGAACAAGGGAAGACUGCCGAAUGAUAUAUGCCAAUGGCUGGAGAAUGCGGGAUGGGACGCUGAGAAAUGCUGCAAUCCAACAUUGACGCCGUCCGAGAAGAAACUGUCGACAAAGUCCCAGAACACGACGGAGCAGUCGGAGCAAUCGGCUUCCGAGGAUGAUGAACAACACAGCACCGCACAACCUGAAGGGCCGGACGGCCUUCUUCUGAGCCACCAAUUCGGGCAGCUGGGGCUGUUCAAUACAAAUGGCGAAAGCACAUGCUCACCGACGAAGCUCAUCGGUCCAGAGAAGUGGAAGAAAGAUGCUCGAGCCCAAAAGAACCCAGCGUUCGCAUCUUACCCGUACGAGGACUCACGACUGAACUCCUACAUCGACGACAUUGAGUGGAGCGGCUUGAGAAACAAGCCAAGAAGGAUCGAUCGUCAACCGCCCUACAACUUCCUCAAGCUGCAAUUUGGGCCAAAGUACGUUGCCCUGCAUCGCGAAGUGCCUCCAGCGGGUGCGUGUGAAGCUGUCAGGAUCAUCAGUCAGCUCAACGACUCCGAGUUUCCCAUAAAGCUUCGCGAAUUGUUGGCGAACGCCGGUUGGGACGCCAUCAAAUGCUGCGAUCCGAGCUUGACGCCAGAACAGAAGAAGUUGCAAGCCGUGCAGGAAACGGGGUCGAGUCCUUCCCUAUCUGAUGAUGAAGAAGAGACAACACCUGAACGUGACAGACUGCGGAGUAUACAGCAAGCAAUGAAAUCCGAUAUUGAGAAGCGAGCAUCGAAAACCACAUCUGACGAAAGGCGGGAAAGCACUUCGGAAGAGCCGACUUCCGGCAACAAGCUGAAGCGACCCCUUGUGAAAGAGGAGGAAUCAUCUCCAGAGCCAAAGCGGUUCAAACCAACUCCGGGACCGACCGCGCAUUCCUCAACGACGAAACCCCUGAGCGUCUCCCCACUGACUUCUCCAGAGAACAACCUCAGUAAGACUCUUUCAAUCAGAGAAUCAAGCAACUCCUUCUCUCCUUCACCUGGUGGUGCAGUCUCCUGCCGCGAGAGUCCCUCCUGGCGGCGCCAAAUGACGCAGGCCAUGUCAGCCUCACGCUCGAAGGAAGCUGCGAGAAGCAACGGAGCACCUAUUCACCCGUUUAUGUCCGGCUCAAACCAGAUCUCGGAGGACUAUACGUGGCGCAACUCUCUGGCGAGUGCUUUCGCAGCUUCGCUUCUGAGCACCGAACCAACGACAGAGAGCACGCCAAAGCCUUUCGCGACUCCUUCAAACAUCACCAAACCAGCCAGAACCCCCGCUAACCUCAACGUCCCACUGCCAGCAGCCCUACAAAGAACCCACAAACCCCAAACCAGCACCCCUCCAUCCCCUCCCAUCAAAACAAGCCCAAAUCCCGAGAGUACCGAACAGACAAGAGUCAUCACCGUGCUAGGCGACGUCGACCUGACCCUCCAAAACGCAGCCGCCUCCAUCGCAGCCGCCCUCGACGCACAGAGACGCCAGCGCGAAGACGAGAAGCGUCGCGAGGACGAUCGUCGUCGAGCAGCAGACGACUUCCGACGAGCCGCCGAGAGAAUCGAGACGACGUCCGGCGUCCUGGGCAAAGCGAGCCGCAACUUGAGGGACGCGACUGAGAUCUUGAAGAAAGCGACCAGCGACCUUGAGAGGGCCGAGGAGGAGGAUAGGAUGGCGCGGGAGGAGUUCGACGCGUUGUUGAGGAAGUGGAGGGAAGGGCUUACGUGA